GCCCCUUCAGGGCCUCAGAUGUUCCUGCAGCAGGUGCAAUUCGGCACAGGUUUAUGCGGGACGGUCCGGGGGAGGAGCGGGAGCCCGUGGCGAGGCUGACCCGCCGCGCACCCCGGACAGACAAACAGGUCCCGCGGUGCCGAGUCCCGGCCUGAAACUUUGCGCGCCGAAUUCUGACGGAUGAUAGCCGAGACAUUGAUCCUCCCUGGGAAAAGGCCUACAGGUGGCAACUGGGGAGCAUGGGCUUCUCACCCACUGCAGCACCACAAGUAACGUGCUGAGCAAUGUGGAGAGGGAGUAGAAGGGAUCUGCUCCGUGGAUAAUGCCUCUGGUGGUUCUGCACAGACGUAGAAUAAGGUCCAGCAGCAAGCAAGACUGAGGGAGCUGGACAAGAAGGUUGCUCAGAGAAGGACAAGGGAUACAGUACAUUCAGCUGGGGGGUUUGUCGGGAACCGCGUACACCCAGGACUGAAAGGAUGAUGGGAACGUAAUUCAGUGGAUACCUUUGGAGCAGCAGUCGCUCUCUGGGCUGACAGAGGGACCAGAAAAAAUGGCUCUCUCUGUGUGACGCUGCAGCAACUCUGUGGAGUAUGAAGAAGGCUCAGAAGUCCAUAUCUGCCUCGAGUGAAGUGUGACAGAAAAUGGUCCAGCAGCUUUGUCUCUGGCAAUGGCUCUCCGUGGGGACUGCACUCACUGCUGUCCUGGCAGCUGCUCUGGCCCAGAAUGAUGAAGACUGGCAAUAUGAGGAUUGCAAGUUGGCCAGAACAGGUCCUCCAGCCACAAUAGUUCCCAUUGACGAGGAGAGUCGGAACGGCACUAUCCUGGUUGACAACAUGCUGAUCAAAGGGACAGCAGGGGGGCCUGACCCCACCAUUGAGCUCUCCUUGAAGGACAACGUGGAUUACUGGGUGAUCCUGGAUCCCAUCAAACAGACUCUGUACCUGAACAGCACCGGCCGAGUCCUGGACAGGGAUCCCCCAGUGUCCAUCCAGUCCAUCGUGGUGCAGGUGCAGUGUGUGAACAAGAAGGUUGGCACCAUCAUCAACCAUGAGGUGCGGAUCGUGGUGAGGGACCGCAAUGACAACUCCCCUCAGUUCCAGCAGCAGCGCUACUACGUGGCCGUGAACGAGUUAACUCCAGUUGGAACCACCAUCUUCACAGGAUUUUCUGGAAACAAUGGUGCUACUGACAUUGAUGAUGGUCCCAAUGGCCAGAUAGAAUAUGUCAUCCAGUACAAUCCUAAUGACAAGGCUUCCAACAGGACCUUUGAUAUUCCUCUCACUUUGUCCGGAGCAGUAGUUCUACGGGAAAGACUAAAUUAUGAAGAAAAGACUCGUUAUUUUGUCAUUGUUCAAGCAAAUGACCGAGCCCAAAAUCUGAAUGAGAGAAGGACAAGUACAACCACCCUGACAGUGGAUGUGCUGGAUGGGGACGAUUUGGGACCAAUGUUUCUCCCCUGUGUCCUGGUGAACAACACCCGUGACUGCAGACCCCUCACCUACCAAGCCAGCCUGCCCGAACUCACUGAUCCUGCACGUGUGAAUCCCAUCAGUGUCACUCCACCCAUCCAAGCCAUAGAUCAGGACCGAAACAUCCAGCCUCCUUCCGAUCGACCCGGCAUCCUCUAUUCCAUCCUAGUUGGUACCCCUGAGGAUUAUCCACAGUAUUUCCAUAUGAAUCUCACAACAGCUGAACUGACACUCCUCAAGCCAAUAAAUAGGGAUUUACACCAGAAGUUUGACUUGGUUAUUAAGGCUGAACAAGACAAUGGCCACCCCCUUCCUGCCUUUGCCAACCUGCACAUCGAGGUCCUCGAUGAGAACAACCAGAAGCCUUAUUUCACCAGAUCCACCUAUGAGGGCUUCAUCCUGGAAUCCUCCCCGGUGGGAACCACCAUCUCAGAUAACCAGAACCUCACUUCUCCACUGCAGGUCGUGGUGCUGGACAACGAUGUGGAGGAGACCAAGGAUCCCCAGCUCCACCUCUUCCUGAACGAUUACAGCACGUUCUUCACUGUGACUCAGAGUGGCAUCACCCGCUACCUCACCCUGCUGCAGCCCCUGGACAGAGAAACCCAGCAGCUCUACACCUUCUCGAUGACAGCUUCUGAUGGAGUCCAGGAGAGUGUCCCAGUGACUGUCAAUAUCCUGGUGAUCGAUGCAAAUGAUAAUUCCCCCACCUUCUCCAACAUCUCUUACAAUGUCAAGAUUUAUACGGAUAUGAGGCCUGGGGAAGGUGUUAUAAAGCUCACAGCUGUAGAUGCGGACGAGGGACCCAAUGGCCAGAUAGUGUAUGAAAUUUUGGCUGGGGAUCAGGGAGACUUCAGCAUCAAUGAGCGAACAGGCCUUGUCACCAUCGCUCCAGGAGUGGUGCUGGCAGUGGGGCGAUCCUACGCUCUCACUGUCAAAGCCUCUGACAGUGCUCCUCCUGCACAGAGAAGGAGCUCCAUCACCACUGUUUACAUCGAGGUCCUGCCACCCAACAACCAGAGCCCUCCCCGCUUUCCCCAGCUGAUGUACAGCCUGGAAGUGAGUGAGGCCAUGAGGAUCGGAGCUGUGUUGUUAAACCUCCAGGCUUUUGAUAGGGAGGGUGACCCCAUAAGAUACCUCAUUCAGAAUGGAGAUCCUCAACAAGUUUUUAAUCUCUCUCAAAGUUCUGGGCUUCUGGCCCUGGGAAAACCCUUGGACAGGGAAAGCACCGACCGCUACAUCCUGAUUGUCACGGCCUCGGACGGCAGACCCGACGGGACCUCAACUGCUACUGUCAAUAUAGUGGUGACAGAUGUGAAUGACAACGGACCAGUUUUUGACAUGUUUCUACCCAAAAACCUCUCUGUGCAGGAAGAGGAAGCCAAUGCUUUUGUUGGUCAAGUUAGGGCUACAGAUGCAGAUGCUGGGGUCAACGGGCAGGUCCAUUACAGCCUGGCAAACUUCAACAACCUGUUCAGGAUCACAUCCAAUGGCAGCAUUUACACAGCAGUGAAGCUCAACAGAGAAGUGAGGGACUACUACGAGCUCAUCGUUGAGGCCACAGACGGAGCCGCGGAUCCCCGUCGCUCCACGCUCACCUUGGCCAUCAAGGUGCUGGAUAUUGAUGACAACAGUCCUGUGUUUACCAACGCUUCCUACACCAUCUACGUGCCAGAAAAUCUACCCCCAGGCACUGUCUUUCUGAAGAUAGAGGCGAAGGAUGUUGAUCUGGGCUCGGACGUGAACUAUCGGAUCCGCACGGAGGAGGCACGACAGUAUUUUGCACUGAACAGGCACACGGGCGAGUUGUCCCUGCUGAAAUCCUUGGAUUAUGAGUCAUUCUCUGACGCAGAAGCCACCUUCACCUUCCUGGUGGAAGCCUUCGACAGCAAGGGCACGAUGCCUCCUGGGCUGGCCACCGUCACCGUGAGGGUCAAGGAUAUGAAUGAUUACUCACCAGUAUUCAGCCAGAAGCUCUACAGGGGGAUGGUUGCUCCCGAUGCCAUCAAGGGCACCGUUAUCACCACGGUUUCAGCUGAGGAUCAGGAUCCCCCGGGCACACCAGCGAGUCGGGUCCGGUACAAAGUGGAUGUUGUCCAAUUCCCUUACAGUGCCAGCAUUUUUGACGUGGAGGAAAACUCAGGACGUGUCGUGACCCGAGUGAACCUCAAUGAGGAGCCCAGCACAGUGUUCAAGCUGGUGGUCAUUGCAUAUGAUGAUGGGGACCCAGUGAAGUUCAACACCACGACGGUAGAAAUUGCUGUGCUGCAGCCCUCAGUCAUCCCACGCUUCACACAGGAUGAAUACAGACCCCCCCCAGUGAGUGAAAGUGCCCCCAAAGGAACCGUGGUCGCCGUUGUCACCGCGGCCGCCCUGAACCAGACAGUCGUGUAUUCCAUUGUUUCAGGGAAUGAAGAGGAUGUGUUUGCCAUCAACAACAGGACGGGCGUGAUCUCCGUUAAGAAGGCUCUGGAUUAUGAAAGUGUGACAAGUUACGAGCUCCGGGUCCAGGCAGAUUCCUUGCAAGUGGUGAGAUCCAACCUGCGGGUCCCUUCCAAGAGUAACACAGCCAAGGUGUUUAUCGAGGUGAAGGAUGAAAAUGACCACGUGCCUGUGUUCACCAAAAAAAUGUACAUUGGGGGGGUGUCUGAAGAUGCCAAAAUGUUUUCUUCUGUGCUUAAAGUUAAGGCUGAUGAUAAAGACACUGGGAAUUACAGUGCCAUGCAGUACAGACUCAUCAUUCCCCCCAUCAAGGAUGGCAAAGAAGGUUUUGUGAUUGAAGCUUACACAGGGCUGAUCAAAACUGCAAUGCUCUUCAAAAACAUGAGGAGAUCCUAUUUCAAGUUCCAGGUCAUUGCCACUGACAAUUACGGAAAAGGACUGAGCAGCAAAGCAGAAGUGCUUGUCUCUGUGGUCAAUCAGUUGGAUAUGCAGGUCAUCGUCUCCAACGUUCCUCCCACCCUCGUGGAACAAAACAAAGAUCAACUCAUAGGGAUUUUGGAACGCUACAUCCAGGACCAGAUUCCCGGGGCGACGGUGGUGGUGGAAUCCAUCGGGGCCCGGAGGUUUGGGGACGGGUUCUCCGAAGAGGAUUACACCAAGUCCGACCUCAUGGUCUACGCCAUCGACCCGCAGACCAACAGGGCCAUCAUGAGGAACGAACUGUUUAAGUUCCUGGAUGGCAAACUACUGGACAUCAACAAGGAGUUCCAGCCCUACCUGGGGCAGGGCGGGCGAAUCCUGGAGAUCCGCACGCCGGACGUGGUGGCCAACGUGAAGAAGCAGGCGCAGGCCGUGGGCUACACGGAGGGAGCGCUGCUGGCCCUGGCUGUGAUCAUCAUCCUGUGCUGCCUGCCGGCCAUCCUCAUCGUCAUGGUCAGCUACAGGCAAUUCAAAGAGAGGCAGGCUGAGUGUGCCAAGACUGCCAGGAUCCAGAUGGCUUUGCCAGCAGGGAAACCAGCCAGUGCCGCUGCCAACAACCUCUAUGAAGAGCUUGGAGACAGCACCAUUCUUUUUCUUCUCUACCAUUUCCAACAAAGCAGGGGAAAAAAGUCAAAGUCAGUCUUAGAAGAAGGAGACCGUCAGAGAGUUAUAAGCAGCUUUGCUUCCCGUGCUAUUGAGGCUCACAAGCAAUCCAAUAUCAAUGGAUCACUGAACAAUAACCUCCCCAAAUCCUCAAGUAACAUUACUUUUUUAUCUGAUGAGAACCCAUUAACCACUCAGAACCCGCUGUAUGUGGAAGGUCUCCCUCAGAGUCCCACUGCUGCCGGGUUUCUACGGAAAAGGAACGAUACUCUUGAUACUCUUUCUCCUUCAAGACUGGCCCUGAGAGAGGCCUCCUUGGGGGGCAGUCACCGGGCGUGGACGGUGCCCACUCACCUCACCAGGAGGCACACGCCUGGUUCUCUGAGCAGGCCAGUUAUCAUGGACCCCAUCCAGUGGCAGCAGGAGAGACUCAAAGCCAGGAAGGAAGGAGCUGCCAGUCAGGAGAGCAGUGUUGAUGUUAGCAGUCCACUCUUUCAAAGACUGAGUGGCCCCAAGUUGACCGUGAAGGAGAAGGCCAGGCAGUUUGAGCAGCAGGCGUUGCAGGAGAUGAAGCAGGUGAAGUCUCCUGAUGUGAAAUCCAGGCGGUCGCCGACGCACAGCAGCGCCGUCCAGGAGGGAGAGAACGCCCCAGAGCAGUCUCCUAAAAGUGUGGUUGCUUCUCCUUGCCUUCACUCUUCUCCUCAGUCCUCUCCAACACCUUGUGCUGAAGUAGCUGAAGCGGAGGCCUCCGUGGUCCCCUCUGUGAUCAUCACUCACCACGACUCUCCUGAAGAACAUUCUCCUCCUCCGACCCGCAAACCAACUCCUCCAUCUUCUAGGACAAAGAAACCAGUUUGCCAAAGUUUUCUAGCUCCUCAGACCAAAGAAGUCAUAGCAAGCAUUCCAGAUCCACCUAAAAUUCCCCCACCCCCCCCACCACAGCUGCCGCCUCCACUGCCACCGCCUCCUCCAUCCCCUCCCCUGUUGCCACCGCAUCCUCCUCCUCCUCCGCUUGCAGUUUCUCUUCCUUCUUCUAUUUCUUCUUCUUCGCCCCCUCUUAGCCCCCGGCUGCUGUCCCCUGCCAAGCCUCCCAGCUCCCCUGCCAAACAGCCAGCUGUCCCCCCGCCGGCCGCAGUGCCAGAGCCUCCCCCUCGCAGGGAGCUCAAAGGGAUUCUUAAGAACAUUCAGAAUUUAGCUGCCAUCGAGAAGUCGGUGGCCAACAUGUACAGCCAAAUAGACAAGAACCACCUGCUGCCCAAGCACGUCUCCAGGCUCAAAGCGGCCGCGCCCCCGGAGCUGCCGACUCCGGAACCCGCGGCCGAGCACAACCAGCAGAACGGGAACUUGAGCUGUGUUGUGGAGGAGCUGGAGCAACGCUUCCCCUCCCAGUCAACGGCACUGUAAUGCUCCCAGUUGGAUGUUUUCUGCAUGGGACCUUUGGACUCUAAUGCAGCACACGGUGUCUGCCUCAGACUCUCCAGCAAUCCCGACUUUUCCCCUUUCCCUGCCGUGUAUCACGACUUUUCCAUCGCUAAUCCCCAGCUGAGACACCUCGUCUUUCCUGUUCGCUCGGAAAUUUGUAAUGUAUCCUGUAAACCUACAAGUUGUUUUCUCAGAACUACAUCUUGCUGUUCUGCCAUGUUGGUUCUUUGUUUACUGAAAAUUCUUGGGGGAAGCUGUCCAUUUUUCCCCGAGGAUUGGUCCCGGCCGGCAGCGGGCUCGGCGCUGCUUCACGUCAAGCAGCUCUCACUGUAGGUAAUAUCAGUAAGAUUUUGCUGGAAUCUCUUGCUUUGCCCACAAAAUGUGCCACCUGGAAGGAACCUCCUGCCAUGUGUUGGGUGUCAAAGCAGGCUCAGCCACGGUGAGCCGGGGUAUUGGACGGGGCCUGGAGCAACCUGGGCUAGUGAAAGGUGUCCCUGCCCAUGGCAGGGAGGGGAAUGAGCUGAUCUUUAAGAUCCCUUCCAAGCAUUCUAUAAUUCCGUGCUGCAUCUUGGUAUUCCACGAGCGAUGACACUCCGCUCACACGCUUUGUGGCAGCUCCAGUCAGAAGAAGGGCUUUGUCUUGAUUUCUCAGCAAACUUGGCUGUCUCCCCUCCUGUUACCCAUGUUCUGCCUUCCAUUUCGGUUUUUUUUUUUUACAUUGUAACUGCAUGUUGAAAGUUUUUAUUUUGUAAAGUCCUCUCAUGUACAAACAAUUUGUUGGUUUGUUUUUUAUUUUGCAUGUGCAUGUUGUUGACGUCUCCCUUGAGCUUUACAGCUGAAACAUCUCACCUGAAAUUGUGAUAAAGUCACUCUGAUUAGUGUCACCAAGUACUUGUAAAAAUCCAUGGAAUAUGGAUUUACUUACUGGCUUUUUUGCUCACAGUCAUCUAAAUCAGAUCUUUACAUUAAAGAUGUCAAUUAUAAUUAUACAGAUAAAUAAAUUAGCUUGUCCCUUGAAAAAAAAAAAAAAAGGUAAGUAAAAGCAGCUUGGGCAUUUGAAUGUUUGGUCCAAGUUGCAAGUUUUCUUUUAGUCCUUUGCCAAAAUCUAAAAUAUUUGCGUUUAACAUGACAACUUCUAAAAAACACAUUGGGAAAGCCAAUUACAUAAAGGAGCAAAACUAAACCCCCAGUUCACUAUCAAAUGUCGUAAUUCUGAGCAAAAAGGUAAUGAAUUCUUUCUCAGACUGCUUAGAGCCACUCAGCAUUUCCAUGGUGCUUGGCUUUGUCUCUUGUCUCUUGUUUGUUUUAAAUCUGCAGUUAGGACAUGUGUGGAGGCCUCAGGCUCAAACUGCUGAAGGUAGUUUCUCUUUCUUUGUCCCAGAGCCAAACUCCAUGAAUUACAUCCCAGCUGAUGCAUUAGAAUUUUUCUUUACUUAAUCCUCCUGUUGGGCAGACUGUAGUUGCAAGGUAUGUGUAGUAGCUGGAUGUGUGAGGGGAAGGAUUGUCCUCAUCACCUU